AUGAUGCGAAUUCUCGAAGCACAGGCUCCUGCACGGCAGACAGCCACCGACACCAUCCAGACACUGAGCAGCCGCCUCUCAAGUGCUACCCUAUUGGAAGACCGUCGUGCAGCCAUCCUCGGUCUGCGCAGUUUUGCCAAAACCUAUCCUGCCUCUGUUGCAUCCGGAGCGCUUCGAGACCUUAUUGCUGCCCUCCGUCGAGAUGGAGAGGACUCGGACACGAUCAAGGUGGUCCUGGAGACCAUUUUGAUGCUCUUUGAGCCGGAUGAAAAAUCACCCGAAGCGUCGGAGGAGAUAACGUUGUGGUUGGCAGACGAGUUCACCCAGCGGCAGGACAAUAUCACGGCACUGCUGGAUUUGCUCGAGUCGGGGGAGUUCUACCUCCGCUUAUACGGGCUGCAGAUACUCUCACACGUCUCAACAUUGAGACCACAACGAACACAGGAAGCGGUCUUCGCAGCACCUCUGGGUGUUUCACGAAUUACAGGUGUCCUGGAUGACAAACGAGAGGCCGUAAGGAAUGGGGCCUUGGUAUUGCUCGUGGCCUUGACACCCACCUCCGCCGAAUUGCAGAAAGUGGUGGCCUUUGAGAAUGCCUUUGAUCGAAACUUUGCGUUGAUCGAGGGCGAUGGAGGCUUGACAGAGGGCUCGACCAUUGUCCAGGAUUGUUUGUCCUUAUUUGCAAAUCUACUACGACUGAAUACAUCCAACCAAUCCUACUUCCGUGAGAUUGGUGGCAUCGUGAAGAUCCGAAAGCUACUGCUUGCUGCUGUGGAGCAAGAGGACAGCCCAGAGGGAGUAUCGGAGUGGAUGAAGCCGCAGAGAGACAUGAAUGUCUGGGGUAUACUUGGUGUGGUUCAACUUUUCCUCACGAUAGGUGCUCAGGGUACUACAGUCAAUCAACAGGCAUUGUGGCAGACAGGAGUCCUCCAGAUUGUACUUUGUAUAGCAUUUCACUCUGGAUUCAAUUCCAACGUUCGUGCGAAAUCCCUUCAGACGUGUGGAGAUAUCAUACGCGGCAACCAGGGCUUGCAGGAACGGUUUGGCGAUCUGCCAGUCCAACUAAAACAGCCAGCAACACUGACGACAAAUGGCCAUCCACCCCCAGCUCCGGGCGAGAAGCAGAUCAAGCCUACAAAGACCAGUUACAGAGAACAAAAUGUCAUCGAGUCACUCCUAGAGCUGACUUUAGAGUCUGCACCACUAGCCCUGUUUGACGUUCGACUUUCUGCCUUAUCUUGCGUGCAAGCAUUUGUCGAAGGCCAUAAUGGCAUUCGUGUUCAUGUUCUUCGGAGAGCGAUUGAGGGUCAUCAAAGCGGGGAUGAUGCCAUUCCCAAUAUGCUCACCGUUCUCUUGGAGCCACCCUCCAGCCGCAGCAAUGCAGACCCUUAUCAGCAAUGGAUGGCCGCUAUGCUCCUGCUGCAUCUGGUAUAUGAAAAUGGCGACACCAAGGAGCUCGCCCUGAAGGUAACUGAAGGCGAUGCCGAGAGUGGGGAGGAGGUUGUGACCUUUGUCCAAAGUAUAACAAGUAAUGUCAUUGCUGGGGUUCAGCAUGUCGAGGAUGAACGCGCGCUUCUCGGUUAUCUUAUGCUGCUUUCAGUGUGGCUCUUCGAAGACCCCGAGGCUGUCAACGAUCUUCUCGUCGAGGGAAGUAAUGUGCAAGGUCUGGUCGCAGCUGUCAAGAUUGCAAAUACUUCGAUGCCCUUGGUGGCUGGACUAGCCGCGUUUCUGCUCGGAAUAAUCUAUGAGUUUUCCACGAAGGAUUCUCCAGUUCCCCGAACAACUCUACAUUCGAUUCUGACAGGAAAUAUGGGUCGCGAGACCUAUGUGGACCGGCUGACCAAGCUACGUGAGAAUCCUUUUGUUCGAGACUAUGAAGUCCUGCCACAGGGAGGUAGUGGAGGGCUCCCAGAGGUCUUUUUUGAUAAGAUUUUCAUCGACUUUUUGAAGGACAACUUCAGUCGAUUUCUCCGUGCGAUCGACCGUGAUCCGAACUUUGAGGUGUCAAUUGUGAGCAAUGGAGUUCAGAAAGGGGUUUCCCGAGACCUUGUCGACAGUCUCAGGGCACAAGUGGAAGAGCAGAAACAGGCGUUGGAAGCGGCCAAUACUGAACUGCUUCAAAUCAAGCGGAAGCUCGAGCAGGAAGAGUUGGACCACCGCCGUACACGAGAAUCUACGACAGUCGAGCUGUCUCGUAUCAAACAGAUCAAUCAGAGUUUGCAUGAGAAUCAUGAGGAUGAAGUUGCGAAAUUGCAGCAAGGCUUCACGAGAGACAGGAAUUCGCUUCUGAAAACACACGAGGACGAGUUGCACCGGCGACGAAAUGAACAUCUCAGUACAUUUGAGAAUUCGAAAAAGCAACACGAUGGUGAGAUACAACGGCUUGAACAACGUCUCAAAGUACUUGAACAGGAGGCCUCUCGAGAACGGGCAGCCUUAGUCCGGCAUCAUGAACAAGAACUUCAAGAAGUGGAGAAGAAGUCUUCCAGCGCGCGCAAGAGAGAAGCUGAUGAGAUUGCGGAUCUCAAACGCAUGAUUCACGAGCUGGAGACGAGCCUGAAAAAGGUAGAACAGAAUCACAUUCAAGAUCUGGAGACGGCACACGAAGACUACACUAGCAAGGUCGAGGCGCUAGAAGCACGACUGAUGCGAGCAGAGAGCCGAGCCAGUGAUGGCGAGAGCGACGCCAAACGCUUGCAAGUAGAACUGGAGAGGGAGAAGUCUGAGCGAAAAGAUGUGCAGACUGAGCUUGAUGAUCUUCUUGUUGUGUUUGGAGACUUGGAAGCCAAGAGGUCUACGGAUAAGAAGCGACUGAAGGAGCUCGGUGAGGAGGUAUCUGAUGAUGAAGACGAGGGUGACGUAGAUGAAGAGGAUGAGGAGGACGAAGAAGGAGAGGGAGAUGAUGAGGAUGAGGAUGUGGACUGA